AUGAAAAUUUUAGCAUCAUAUAUUUGAUGACUAAUAAAUAUUAAAUUAAAAAUUUUGGCCGAAAAAUAUUGAAAAAUGGAUAUUUUGAGAAAAGAUUUGGCAAGAGAGUUUGAAAUUUCAGACUUGAAUAAAGCUAAUAGCUAUUCUGCAGAUCCUGACUUAGAUUUGAUAUCUCAGUGCACACAAAAACUUUUGGCAUCUUUAAGCUCAAUGAAGCUAAGCUCAUCAGAAUUGUGUGAGAAAUCAGUUGCGCAACCGAUUUUAAAAUCCAAGCUUUCGAGGCUGAAAAAAGCAGUAAGACUGAGUAUAUCUACUUCACAGGCUGAAAAUGAAGAAACAUGCACAGAAGUGCAGGAAAUGUUGUAUUAUAUUAAGGGUUACGGUGUCUAUGCAAUAUCGAAAAAAGAGGGGUAAGCAAAAUAGUAAUGAUAUCAUGGAUAUUGCUUUACCUAAACUGCACCGCUUCCACUCUGACUACUUUGGCCUGAACUCAGCUUCUGUAAGUGUUUUGCCUAAAAUUUGCCUUCGUGGGACUGUGCAUCCUCGCUGUUGCCUACCUAUAAGAUUUCUGGUAAAACUGAGCCUCAUAAUAAAUAAGCCCAGAAGAGGAAAUUUCAUAAGCGAAAUUUUACUUACGUCGUCAUUUAUUAUUGAAUGCAGGAAACAAAAGAUCAAUAUCAAGACCCUAUGAAGUGAGCAGACCAAAUUCAUGAAUCUAGUACCUUUUUCAUAACGAAAAAUUAUUAUUCGAGUAGCAAAAUUGCAGAAAAUACUAAUAAAAAAGCAAGGAAGCCAAAAGAGAAGAAAGAGAAUACUAAAAAAGAUAGCAAGCCUAGGGUAUCUACAUUUAAAAGUAGAAGUGAUAAACAUAUAAAAAUAAAAUCGCCACAAAUCAAUAUCAUACGAUCAGAAAAACAAAUUCGCCCACAAAGCACAAGAGCUCUUCAGAACAGCUCAGGUUUUACCUUAAAUUUGUCAAAAAUAACUCCUGCAAAGUCUCCAAACCAAAGCCAAAUAAAUUCAUAUUCAGAAAGAACCUUUUUUACAGGCAGCUCCCUUUCAAAAUCCCAUACCGACCCUCAACUUCCAAUGAAACGGCUGAACUCAAGCUUUGCCCCAUCAGAAAGAUCGGCCCGAGCCAAGCCUGCCCCAAUAAGAUCUCCCAGCCCUAUAAAAUUUAAAAACUUUUCUGACGACAAAUUUCAGACUUUUAUAAACCUCACCAAAAAAAAUGAUUUCCAAGGAGUCAAAAGCAUAAGCCACCAGCUGUCCAUACAAAUAAUCAACAAAAAAGACGAAAAAGGUAACACAGCGUUAUAUUUGGCUGCUUUAAAUGGCUGUUUAUUACUAGUUUACCAUCUAUGGCAAAUAGGCGCUAAACUAAACGUCAAGUGUGAAAAUAAAAACACUGAGCUUCAUGCCGCUUUUAUUGGGGACAAUGCAGAUUUGAUCUAUUUUCUGAUAGAAAAAGGCUCAAAUCUGCUAGUUAUCAAUGAUGAUAGCAUGACUCCUAUUGACUGCGCUUCACCAAGGAUAUUAGAAAGACUAGGAUUUGAUGCCUCAGCAAAAAGAAAAGGCAGAAAAUUAGUCCCAACCAUUGCCAUGCAUCGGCUUAAAUGUGGAAAAUACAGCCAUAUGCCUAAAAAAGUUUCCUAUGACAUCGAGCCUGCUUAUUUUCCUAUUCUUGAUGAUUCUCCAAAAGGCCCAGAAAUUCCUGUCAAUAAGUUUGGGUAUUGAGGACCGCUCUAUAAAUGUGAAAAGCAAGCCAUAGACUAUAAAGGAAAUUUAUAA